AUGACCGCUGCAACGAUGGUGUCGGAAGAGAAAGUCCCUUGGAAAGAUGUACUAGCUUCGAUCGAGUUCAAGAGGAUGGCCAAGACUAAGACAGGGCUUCGUCCGCUGCCCCCUUCAUAUGCAGUGACAGACUAUGUCGCUACUUAUCCAGAACAUUGGGCAGUGGUCUCGGGGACAGCUGCAACUGACGGCCCCCGACUGCAGCGUCAGGCCCAUCGCAGACCCGACUGUCCAGAGAAUCAUUUGCAAUCCUCCAGCAAGCGAGUUAAGGUCAAGGUCAAGGACCCUAAGUUAGAUGUGACUGUCCAGACAGGACUCUACGCCGCCGAAAUGUUCGCAGCCAAUGUUGCAGUCAAGCAUGUUCUCGAGAUUAUUGUCGUCGGUCUGUUGUUCUCCCCUUUGUCUAACGGUUCCACUCUUACUAUGGCUUUCGUAGAUAGUUUUAUUUGGGUCUGGUAUUACGAUCGAGAAGAGGCCGUGAAAGGCCAUGUUCCCCAGCUGCUUUGGGCUCACAAGUUCGAGAAUCCCACAUCCGCAGUCCUGAAGGCACUGGGAGUUCCAGAAGCGGAGAAGGACAGUCACAUGCUCUACAUCUUCGUAUCACGCAAACUCCUACCCAUCACGGCGCUCGAAGGCGAAGAGCUUUUCAACGUGUGGCGUCACAUCGAUCUCUGGAAGGGAGGAGUCCGUCACCGAGACGUCAGCCCUCCCAACAUGAUGUUUCACAAGACCGAUAAGGGCGUCCUGAUAGGUGUCUUAAACGACUUUAAUCUGUCAUCGUUGGCAACUAGGCUGGAUCCUCAUGGCAACGAGCGUACGGGCACCGUGCCGUUCAUCGCGCCCGACCUUCUUUCCCUGAGGGUCGACGAGGCGAAGUCGAACACUUACAUCGUCAGGAUGUCGAGUUUUUCAUCUGGGUUCUUGUCUGGGUUUGCUUACGUUACAGGAAGGAGUUCUCCUACCACCGGAGACUCGCCUUUGGAUGCAUGGGCGACUACAGGCCCCGCGGGAUGUGGCGAGAAGAAGUUAUGGUUUCUGAAUCAUCUUUUGGAUUUCAAACCGUCGGGAAUGGGCCCACGUAUAUGA